UCGUGGGGGACGCUUCGUUCGUCGACGUCGUGCACGCUUCGUCAACAUUGCCGACCGUUCUCGCUCUGCCUGGUGCUCGUCGCUUGUAAUUGUAUUGUGUGAUUUUCUCGCGUACUCAGUGCCGUUCUCGAGGAUUCGUAAUCAUGCGACAAGGUGUCAGUUGAAAAAAAAGAGUCGUACGGACGAGGUUAAGGUCGCCGUCGAUAGCCGUAAACAGAGCAGGCUUUUCGGGCGAUUUUUCAGCGCGGAAGACUAGUGCAUCGCGAGUAUAAAGGUCAUCUCGUUAGAUCUUACAGUUUGGAUUCAUGAACUUCUGGACAAUGAUAAGGUGACGACGCGUCACGCCAGUAGCAGGAGGAAGUUAGGAAAGCAGCGCAAGCGGUGGGCAGCAGUUGGACAAGAAGACACGCGAAAAUGGCUAAGGGCUCGGAGAGAUUGCCCGGCACCAAUACCCGCAUACGCACCCGCGACGACGGCUGCUGCUCCGUCAAUUUCCUCAAAUACGUGCUGCACAUCUACAACGUCGUGCUCUUUCUGUCUGGCAUAGUGGUGGGUGGCAUCGGCAUCUGGACGGUGGUGGCGAAGCACAGCUACAUAUCGUUGAUGGCGACCUCGACCUACCCGAUCUUGGCUUACGCCCUGAUAGCCGCAGGUGCUCUUGCUAUCAUUGGUAGCUGGCUUGGCUGCGGUGGCGUCACUUACGAAAAUCGAUGCGUCAUACUCGUGUACAUUUUCGUGGUUAUGGGUGUCUUCGUGUUGGAAGCGGGAGUUGGCGCAAUGGCCCGCUUAUACGAGGAACAGGUGGGACCAGAGCUCAGGAUGAAUUUGAAUCGCACUUUUCUCGAGACUUAUUCAUUGAAGUCCAGAGAAACUGCUGCUAUUGAUCAAAUGCAGCUCGAAUUCAAAUGCUGCGGUGCUAUUAGAUUCGAAGACUGGAUGUCGAGCGAAUGGAUAAGAGACGAGAAUGUUCAAAGAGACGGGAGCCUCGUACCAGACAGUUGCUGCAAAACGCCCAGCUAUCUGUGCGGCAAAAGGACUCACCCGUCAAACAUUCAGUACACGGGUUGUAUCUACAAGUUCCUUGAGACGACGAAAGACCACCUGAUAAUCCUGGGCGCUGUGGGACUAGGACUAUCGGUCCUCGAAGUGUUCGGCAUUAUUUUGGGCUCGUGCCUCUAUAUUAAGCUCAGGCACGACUUCGACGACUGAGAGUUGCUUUACGUGGAGGCUAACAACAACGGGCACUCUUGGUGCCGCUACGCCCAGGAUCCCGCCAGAUAGGACGUACGGUAGUAGCGCGACUCCUCUCGGUCCCUCUAAUGCGUCCAAAUAUCAACCAGUGUACGGACGACUUUUCACAAUACAAAGGGAGAACCGAGAGUGGAACUUUAUGUCAAGUUCGCGCUACUACCUAUCACGACCUCGCGACGCUACCAUGUUUACAGCCUUCCAACCGAAUCUAAACACACGAAAUUGCUGCUAUCGCCCAUCAGAGAUUGUCGCACUACUGCUCGCUGUUUGUACAUAGUUCAAUUUGCCGAUCUUCCAAGAAAACAAACAUUAUUCAACACAAUUAGAUCUAAGAAUAUUUAUGUCGAGGUGAUAUAUCGAUGGGCGAUACGGUUCCAAAACGUAUGUGCGAACGUUUGCGAUCAUUUCUGAUGCGAUACACUCGACAGUUUAUCCGACUGUUAUCGUAACUUGUUGAAGCUUAUCACUUAGUGAAUCGAUAGCUCGAAGAAUGCGAUACAAAAUAAUAGGGUACGAAAGCCAAAUUGCAUGAAUUUGGAAAUAAGAAUCUCGCGCGAGAUAAAAAUUUUAUGAAAACGCUGUGUAGAUGAUAUAUUAUAAGAGCACAAAUAUGUUUAAAAAGAAAUAUGUAACGAACCCGUCAUUUUUUAUCGACUACUACUGCCAUGGCUAUGUGCUUUUUUUCAAUGUGCAAAUGUUUUAGAUCUUGAAUGUACACUAGAUAAACGUUUUAGAAUUAUUAUCGUUGCAGCACACGUUUUUUAAUACGAAAGUUUUACCCUAUAAUGCAGCUCAUUUUGAUCUUGCUAGAUAUUUGUAUCAUGCAGAACUGCAUUCAAUGACCAAAAAACAAUUAAUUUUUCUAUAAAGCUAUUAUUCACAGCUACUAAUGCAUUUUUCUUAUAUUUUUUUUAAUUAAAUUUUGAUACGUAUUUAAACACGUUCUGAAAAUUGGUAUAAAAAACAAUUUUAAAAUAGCAGAACAAGUAUAUUUAUAUAAAUACUCGCAAACUAUUUUUGUGUCAGUGAAAAAUGUUUUUAAAUCACCAACAUAAACAUUUGUAUUAUAUUUUUAGUUACGAAAUCAAAAUCUCUCAUUUCACUGUACAUAUGAGAAAAUGUAAUUAAGCGCUACAAUACUGUAAACAAUGACCGGCGCGGGCGAGAAACGUAAAGGGCGAAAAUUGAAAAGUUUUUGCGGAGGCCGAUACUAGUCAAUGAAAAACGUAAAUAUGCAAAAAAUCUAUAUUGAUUCCGCGUGUUCGGAAUGUUUUUAACAGAAAUUGGGUAUCAUCCCUUGUCAAUGCGAACCCAUUUACGGAUCUAACAUUUUAUUAUUUUCUGAAAUAAUUAUGCUGCACGCGUAGAAUAUCCAAAAUCAAAUACAAGUUUUUAAUGUCAUAGUUUGAAAUUUUGUUCACGUCAUGUAAUUUCCAUCUGUUUUGACUGAUCAUCGAAGUUGAGAAAGCGAAUCUACAAUCAUAUGUUCAAUUUUUUUAAAUAAAAAAAGAACCGGUUUUGAUCAAACUUAAUAAAAUGUAUGUGUACAAAGAAAAAAAUUAAACUAUUAGAUUUUUGUACAAUGCACAUAAAAGAAAUAUCUAUUUCGGUGUAAUGAAUUGUAGAUGAAAUGUAAAAAAAUGUCAAAAAAAAUUACACGAAUAGCACUUUGGCUAUUAGAGAACUGUAUACAGUGCCUUGUUAAACUGUAAGAGAAUUUUAGCCAAUGUAUAUAUUGAUGAUUCAAUGCAAUGUUUAAUAUUAUAAGUUUGCCGAAAACAAAUAAUAAAAAAACUAUUCAUUUGAUCAGUAUUUAUCAAAAAUUCGUACAUCUAAGUCUUCUAGCACUGCAAAUUGCACACGCCUUAUUAAUAUAGAUUAUUCGUCGACGUUCUUUGGAGAAACAAAAGAAAGCCUUCAUAAUAAGGCAUAACAUAUAUUAUGACAAAAAAUCGCUGUAAAUUAAACGGCGUACCUAAUAAAUAAUAAAGAACAAAGAUUUAUACCUAUUUUAUUAUUGUUUUGUUAUUAUUCGUAAUAUUAUUAAAACUAUUGAUAUUAUAAUUAUUUACGCUAAUAUUAUUUGCAUCAAGUAUCGAAAUAUAUAAAAUAUAUGGACAAAUUUUAGUUAUGUAAUUAGUACUUAGACAAUCUUAUAAAUACUGUACAUAUCAACCGCUAUUCUGUUAUGAAUAAAAUUA